AUUCAGAGUUGCUAAGCUUUCAUACCAGAUAUAUAUUUUUCCCGGUGAAGAUGGAAUGAUACCGCAAACAUGGAACAAAAAUAGCGGUAACCCAGGCAUACUCUUCCUUGGGGAUUCAUUUCUUCCUUUUUGUCUCUCUGCAGAGAGUUUCUUCGCCGGUGAAGCAAGUACUGUUUAACAUAACUUUGGCUACUUGACAACGAUCGUCCAAAGCGGAUUGAACACUAUUAAUUGGAGUGUGUAUCGAGCGAUGAGCUCUCGACAAGGAAUAUAUCCCAUUUGUAGAUUGCCCAUAGCAGCUAUCAUUAUAUCACUCGCUCCAAGAUAAUAUGUUUUGUACGUGUAGAAGUGAAGCGGCGACGAAACUGGAAAUUAGCGAGUUGAUACAACAUCCUCUUGCCUUCUUCAGAGAAACUGAAUGAAAUCGGCACACUCGCGCAGUCUUCAAACGGAUAGCAAAGUCAGCACUCGAUAAAUUUGUUUUCGGUGCUCGUUUCGUUAUUGUAACAACGAAACAUGGUGGUGAAGUUUGAACGGUCAGUUCUGUGGCAACGGCUCCGCCGGCGAACGAACAAUCCUUAUGUUUUCUUGUUGACAUCCGUGUUGUUGUGCAGUCUCGUGCUGCAUGUUCUUGUUCUGGACAUUGACGACACGUCGCAUUCGUUAAGCAGCGACGAAAGUUUAUUCAGACAUCGAACUUUGCUGGCUGAGGAUUCUAGGAAAAAGGGUGAAUACCCGAAUAAUCAUUUUACUUUAAAGCAGAUGCGCCAAGGUGCUGUAAUUUUGUACAUCGUAGGGAUGUGUUAUAUGUUUUUAGCGCUGUCGAUUGCGUGCGACGAAUUCUUCAUUCCUGCGCUUGUCAUAAUCACGGAGAAACUAAACAUUUCAGAAGAUGUGGCUGGUGCUACUUUUAUGGCUGCUGGUGGAAGUAUGCCCGAGCUUUGUACUUCGUUUAUUGGGGUAUUUGCGGCUCCCGAUUCGAACGUCGGAUUUGGAACGAUAGUGGGUUCUGCUGUGUUCAAUGUUUUGUUUGUCAUUGGCAUGUGCGCCGUGUUCUCGAAGGAGGUCUUGCAUCUAACUUGGUGGCCUUUAUUUCGCGACUGUAUGUUCUACAGCGCGGCUCUGAUAAUUCUUAUUGGAUUCUUUGUAGAUAGUGCUAUUGAGUGGUGGGAAUCGCUCGUAUUAAUCCUCACAUAUAUUAUAUACGUUACGUUUAUGAAGUACAACCACAACGUUGAGAGAUGGGUUAAACGUAUGCUUAAAUCUAACAAAGUGAGCGCAAUACACUCGAAAGGAAGACAUAAAGGCAACGAAGAUGCUCAUCUUGAGGUAAGUAAUUUUAUAUUUCAUGUGGUAUGUAUUGCUAGUCUUGACUCACACAAGGAAAUGAAAAAUUGUCCGUUGUUUAAUUCCCCUUUAUUAGUGUCAAUUGAUGGUACUAUUUAACCUCCUUCAACGCAAAUCCCUAAACAGGAAACUGGUAUUAUAGUUCCCAAAGUUGUUCAAAUCCAGGUUUAUAAGACAUCGUAGCAUCGCGGAAUGUCGUAUGUUGAACUAUUCGACAUUAGUUAUCAGGUACUCAAACAAGUUAGAUUUUUUUGGAGAUAUAGUUCAGAAUAUUAAUUAAAUGUUUGUGACUUUAAAUGGACGAACUUCUAUUUAAGUACUAGUUAUCGUUCCACAAAUUGUAGUGGUUCUCUAUUUUCAAGCUGUGAGUGACCAAUUUUAGACUGUUUUGUUUUGGUUAAAGCAGUUAACUCGAAAUAUAAUUUUCUUUUAUGUAAAUGAAAGAGAAAUCUACUCUUCGGCCUCUUUGACAGGCAAUUUUGAAUAACAAAAGAUGAAUACAAAUUGUUCAAAAAUACGUACACGCUAAAAGAAGUUUGUAAGAACAAAUUGUACAUAUCGUUUUCACUCGGAAAAAAACAAUUAUGUUACUAACACCGAUGGAAAUGUGUUAAUUCACCUUGAUUUUAUAAUUUUGCCCAGUUUUAAUCGCGACAUAAUUUUACGGGGUUUGUUUAUGUUUAAAACGUCUUCACGACGUCCGCAUAUAUUUGUUCUUUCUCAAAUUCUUCUUGAAGGGGAUGAAAAGGUUUUGGCCACUCGUUAAUACAUUGAGCCAGAUAUUGAACUUUUCCAUGUAAAUAGUGACUUUGUAUUGUUGGGCGAGAUGUCAAUAGUAAACAGGUAGAACUUGCUAAUUAGACAAGAGGAUGCAUGUUGUAAUCCAAUGUCUUCAGAAGUGUGUGCUUGAAGUAUAGGGAACGAGCUAGAUUAAGUUGAAGUACAAAGUUGUAAUCGCUUUAAAUCUCACUUAGGUUAAUUUGUCUUAACCCUCCUAUCAGAUUUCAGUGUAUGCGUGAGUAAAAGUGAUUCAGUAAUCUGUGGGAACACUAGUGCAGAUUUUAUGUAAUCCUCCUCGAAUUAAUCAGGUCAGAAUUCCAAACAGAAUGGCGUAUAAAGGUUACUAAUUAAAUUUCCUUUUGCAUAGAACAAACGGCUCUAAAAGACGGCGAGAAAACAAGUGGGGCUGAAAAAUUAUAUAUUCCGUAUGUGCCCCCAGUUUGUUUCAUUUGCUAUAUAAGCUUAUUAUGAGUCAGCUUAGAAAGAUUAUGAUAUAAAUGAUAGCGUGGACAAGAUUCAUUUCAUGAUUAUUCAAAUGUUCUAUGUAACCUCCAAAAAGCAAGUUUGGAUAGCUUUCUCUGGGAAUAUUAAGUGGUUCUUUAUCUUGCAUAAGAGUUUUUUGUCACUGUGAAAAGGAAAUAAUAUUGUUCAGAGAUUAUACAGGAAUUUAUGCAUUGAGAUGUUUUCUUCCUGCUGCAAGUGAGUUUCCAAGUUUACUUACGUGCUUUGCAUGUUGAAUCAACCUUUAGUGAAGGCAAAUUUAUUGAACUACAGGUACAAGGGCAGUGAAUAAGAAUUGUCUUGUUUUUGGGUUGGUGAAACUAAUGUCUCAAAUAGUCUUUUUCGUCUAGGGCAUAUAAAAAGAUAGCUUAAGGGAGGUUGAUUGCAAUUCUUACUGUUUUGUGUCUCUUUUUGUCACAGAAUGUAGGUAAUCAUCUAUAGGGCUAAUAAUAGGUGGUCUCACAGUCACCCUCCAAUGUGACCUUAAGUACAGGCUGGGGGAACUAAAAGUUGAGGUUUGAUCACCCUCAAAUAUUAUAGGAAGAAGUGAGGUAUUGUAGUGUAUGCAGUAUAAAAUAUAUGCAGUAUAAGAAUCAACUUCAACUUCUUUAAUACUGGACUACCUUUUUUCGGUCAUUCUAAAUUAAGAGAAUCUUUAUUUCAAAAGUUAAAAAUGCCAAAGGGCUUGUAAGUAGCAUAAGAUUAAUCCAUACCAAAUACUCCAUUUCUACAUAAAUUUGGCUAAGUGACCCUAGACUUGAGCUACCUAGUUUUGCUCCAUUUUCCAAGUCAUGUUGCGUCAACAGCAGCUUGAAGAUCUUGGGUCACUUAAUUUUCGUCUGGGCCACAACUGGCCUAACCUGCGGGGAGCAGAUGCUUUUUCGGCUCUUGUUUCACCCACUGAGAAAAUAGAAAAAAUAUAUUUUCUCGGCAGGUGAAGCAAGAGCCCAGAAAAGCAUCUGCUUCCCGCAGGCUACAACUGGCCUGACUGGCCACCAAAUACUGGAGUUAAUUUUUAGCCUAGCAAUUUAUUAUCGUCUGGUUAUUCUUGACUGUUGAAUUUCAUGUUAAUAGGACUAUCCUUUUUGGAUUCUGAUGGAUUUUGAAUGUUUUAAUUCUUCCUUUUUGCCAGUAUUAUCUGAAGUCUAAUUUAGAAAUAUUCUUAUAUGUGCCAGGGAUAUUUCCUGGUGUUAACUUCUCUGCUCCUAAUAUGUAUUCUUCCUGAAGACAUUAAUAGCACAUUCAAGAGGUGCUAAUUUAGGUGUCAAAAUUACUAUACCACUGUUGGUGAAUUAAUUUUUAGUUGACGGGUAUCAUUAAAAACAAAGUUUCUGUAGAUAUUGGUUUUAGGCUUGGUAAUAUUUGGUGUCUAUUUUUGGGUUAAUAUUGUUGUUGAGUCAAUUCUAUAAAAAUGUUUAAUUGUAAAAAGGUUUUCUAACAGUUAUAUAGCAAAUUGCACCCUAUGGCCAUCAUUCUAGAGGGUUUGUGUUUUUCCUUUAGCUUUUUGCCCUUGUUCUUUUAUGUCCAGUCAAACCUGUGUUUAAAAGUCACCCUUGGGAAAAGGCAAGGUGACUGUUAUAGACAGGGUGACUACUGUAUACAGGUCAUGAUCAACUUUGCAGAAAAUAUAAGGCAACUGAAAAUUUUGAGAAGUUGUCCAGUGACUGUAAUGUACAGGGCUUCUUUAUACAGGUUUGACUGUAUUACAUAAUAUAUUUCAUGUUUCUAAAUUAAUGCAUACAAGUUCACUAGUCAUUUACAGGUCAUUCAUGAUUACCCAUGUGGGACAUUAAAAGGACUUGUUAAUGCUUAAGAAUCAAUUAGCAACCACUAGUGCAAGACUACUGCUUAUAAAAUGUGUUUUGAUUGCAAGUGUUAUCAGUAAUGUUUCUUACCCUAAAAUCCUUGCUUUCUUUUAAACUUAACAGAAAGCAGUGGAAAGUCUUUGUACUUCAUCCAAAGCAAACAAUGGCCUUCCCUGCUUCCGUCAUGGAGUACUCCAACUUGUAAUUCACAGCAUGGAUCCUUUAGGAGAGGGUGAGUAUAUGGCCAUAGCUUAUCCCAGCUGACAGCUCAAAAGACAGUAUCUCUUGAAGGCUUAUUUUAUUGCUUUGUAGUCUCCUACACAUUCUUUGUGCCAUAUCAGAACCUAAUUUUCCCCCCACAAACAUAAUUUCAUUGGGACUAACCUUUUCUAGCCCAGAGUGGCUUUGCUUGAAAGUUUGUAUCAAGAUAGUGUAGAUACACAGAGAUGUCAAUCUCUGGAGAUAUUUAAUCUGGAGACUGUCGCUCUUGCACAAUCCCCCAACAUCAACCUCCCUGAACAUUGCACGUAGUCGUACAUGAAGAACAGACCAUAAGUGAUGUCAGUGAUGAAAUACAUGAAAAAAUGCCUGAGAAACUCCUAUGAUUGAAAGAAUAAUGAAACAAAUUUAGCUUGUAAUAGUUUUGUUUUCACAUGUCAGACCAUGUGAUGGUACCCCAGAUAACUUUUUCUUACACCUUUAUGCAUGUGCAUCCAUGUGCCUAUGUAUGCAUAAUUUUAGUAAAGAUGAAAGGCAAAUUUCCUAGGGAACAUCUCGUGGUCUGAGUUGGGAAAACAAAACAUACAAGCUAAAAAGGUCUGAUAUGAAAUGAGAGCUCAGAAAAGUUCAAAAUUCAAUUUUACCCAGGAGAUUUGGUGACCUGUACAGGAGACAGGGGGAUUUGUGCCAUAUCCAGGGGACUCCAGGAUAUUUUGAGAGAGUUUGCAUAUAUGGAUAAAAUUUGUUAAAUGUUACAUUUGUACUGCAGAAAUGCAGGCUAAAAAUUCCUUUUGUAACCGUAAUUCUUUCUUUUUUGGUCAACAGCAUCUAUUGCAGUGAAAGUGAACAGGUUAAAAAGAUUGAAAUGCCUUAAUGUUAAAGUUGGGAUGGAAACAGACUCAGCAGCUGGAAGCCAGAGUGUGGUUAACAAUGGUGCAACUGAUGAACACCACCAACAGUUUCAUUUAUCAGUAAUAAAUAGUUCUGCAGGGAAUGACGCUUCCAUUUCAUCAAUUCAGAAAAACGGUAACUUGAGUACUGACAAUGAAACCUCAAAGACAGAUUUGUAUACUCAAGAAGGAGACAGUACGUCUAGAAAAUCUAGUGUAGUAAAUGGAGAACUGCCUCAUGUGCACAUAUUUUCUAGUGAAAAUAUGGUUAACAGACCAAGUCAAUCACCUGUGCCAGGAAUGGUGGAACAAAGUAAUAAUGGUUAUAGUACUUCUGCGGAGUCACGCGACUCUCAAUCUACGGUGUUACAACAUUCUUCAAAUCAUCAGUUAGUAGAAAUUGAGGAUGCGAGAGAAGCUUGUGUAAGUACAAAAACUUAAUAAAGGGGUAUGUGGAAUUAAAUGCCCUGAGUGACUAGAUCCCAAGUAAUCAUUAUGCAAAUUGGUAGGAGAAUAUAGCAGUUUACAAUAAUUAUUAUCAGCAGUCACUUGGAGGGUUAUUACAGGAGCCCCUUUAAUUUUGGUUACCGUAUUUAUUCAAAUAAGCGUCCAACUUCGAAUUAGUGCCCACCUUGAAUAAGCGCCCAUCCUAAAGGCAGAAAAAGUUGAUAAGCACCCACCCCCACCCCACUCCCUCCCACACAAACUCAAAUAAGAGAUAAUAAGAGACCCUCCCGAAGACGGAGAUUUCUUCAGAGUAUUUUACAGAAACCUUGCUUUGUUACAUCUUUGAUUUUUGUAAUUACCAUGUAUUGUUUUGUUGCAAAACAAACAUACUACACUUGCUGUGAAUAGUGAAAAUUUAAGAAACACCCAGCCUCAAAUAAGCGCCCAGGGCGGUUAAUCGAAUAAAUACUGUAUUUAUGGUUAACUGAUACAUUAGAUCAACAAAUUUGUUCUGAGUAAAAUCAUUCUUUUGAAGAUAACAUCACUGAAAAGUAGCCAAUAUAUGCAAAGGAAAAGUUUUAAGUCACUAUGUUACAGGUGAAAUUUGAAAAAAAUUCUGGUUAAUCUUUUCAGCCAACUGGCUGGUUCUUUGCCUCCAGCCCUUUUCAAAGCCAUGAAUUAGAGCUAGUAAUAGGUCAAAGCAUUUUAUUUAACCGGAAUUUAAUUUUGACCUGUAACAUAUUUUAUAUAUUAAUAUAUAUUUUUGUUUGAAGGUGGAUGAUGACAGUGAGCCUAUUGACUUGAGUUGGCCUUCUGGAUGGAAAGACAGACUUGCUUACUUAAUCAGGGCACCUAUAAUGUUUUGCAUGUAUUACACAGCACAGGACAUCAAAAGACCUGUAAGUCACAUGAGCAGGAAUAAUAAUAAUUAUUAUUACUACCUUAUUUCCAAGUCUUGUUAUUACUUUUUAGAAGGUUUAUAGUUAUUAAAAGUUCUGCUUGGUCACCAGGGGCAGAUCCAGGAUUUUUUUUAGGAGGGGGUGCACUCGUCUCUCGCUCUACUUCAACACCAAUAAACCACAUAGUUUUUUUGCAGAAUACUAGUUGUAUAAGAAAACCACAGGUCCUCUCAGGGGUGGGGGUGCGCACCCCCUGCACCCUCCCCCUAGAUCCGCCGCUGGUCACUAAAUAUUUUCUUUUUGUUUCACUAGGAGAUACAGGGUUUUUAUUUAUUAUUUAGGAAAAUAUCAAAAAUCACCUGGGGCGUUUUUUGAUGCAUCUGUGAAGACAAAAAAAUGUGUCUUCUUGCAGGCCUUUAAAAAGGGUGUGAAAGAUACCCUAAAACCACUGACAGCUAAACCUAAGGUCAUAGAAAAUUUGAAAAGGUCAUUGAAAGGGCCUGGAAGAUCGUGGAAUUUGAAGAGCCCAAAAGAGUAUGGGCCCGGCAGGAGAUUUUGGAUGGCUUUUAUCAGCCAUGCCCCUGUUGUCACAGACCAAAAACGAAGACAUUUAGAAGUCAGAACAAUGCGUUAAACUUAAUCAUCCUUAACUGUCUUUUCUAGGAAAAGAGACCCUGGUAUCCUUGGACAUUUAUUUGUUCAAUGUUAUGGAUAGUGGGUUUUUCAUAUUUAAUGGUUUGGUUUGCCACUGAGGUUGGUUACACUCUUGGUAUAUCUACAGAGGUAAGCAAAACAUGCCGUUAACACUGUCUAUUUAAAAUUGCAUAUUUGUAUUAAAUAAGGGAAUAAGAAACAGUCACUUGUAAAAGUACUGCUGAACAGGUUUCAUUUAAAAGGCCCUCAGACCACCAGUUUUAGAGCCAAUUCCUGACUUCUUACUGGUGUAGGAGUAUAUUAACCUUGUUAAUUUGCAUCACCUCCCUCCUCAAAGUAGCUUUUAGGCCAUUUCCAAGUUCCAAAAACUCUCACCUUGAAAACGAGGCUAAGUGCAGAACCUUUCUGGUGAGAAUAAGUUUCAUUUGUACGAGAAUAAAAAUCAUUUUCAUGUCAAUGGCUUUGCACUUUGCCUAGAUUUGAAACAGAGGCUUGUGGGAACUCAGAAAUGGCCUGUUACUUUUGUGUUGUGGAGUCAUAAUUUGAUUUUUAUAUACAUCUUUUUGUAGGUCAUGGGUCUUACUUUCCUUGCCGCUGGGACUAGCAUUCCAGAUCUCAUUACUAGCGUUCUUGUGGCCAGGAAAGGCUUUGGUGACAUGGCAGUGUCCAGUUCAAUUGGAAGCAACAUGUUUGAUGUAACAAUAGGGUGCGUAACUAAUGACUCUUCUUUUCGAAAGGCUGAAAAUAAUGUUGCAUGCUUAUGCUUAACAACCUGAUUGAGUCAAAUCUGACUCAACUGGCUGCUGAGUUUCAUGUACAUGUACCUAAAAACUACAAGGAAUGACACCAUCUGCAGUAGUUGCAUGUCGGUGUAUUUAAGCAAGAUUUGUCAGGGCCUCAAGCAGCACGUGUUGUAGCAAUUAUGAGCAAGAGUAUUCUUUGUCUAAAUCUGCCAUAAGUAAAUUAUGCCUUGAAUGUUCAGUGAAAGACCUUCUCCUUUCCACCCAUCACCCCAGUGUCUGCACUACUGACAACUUUCUGAAAGGAAAAAAAACAAAUAAUAUGGUAUUUAUUUAUUUCAGUGCAAAUGAAAAAGACUUCAGUGAUCAUCAUCUUCUAUGAUAACAUUCACUUCGUACCAUCAUGAUCAUUAUCACCAUCAUCAAUCAUUGUCAUCACCAUCACUAUCAUGGUCAUCACCAUAACCUUUAUCUUAUUCUGCGUCAUAAUUGUCAAGAUCAUGUUCAUCAUCAUCAUCAUUACAUAUUAUUAUCGGCUGGUUUCUUUGCACCAAGUGCACAAUCAUAUAAACAAUUAUUGAUAAAAGUAAUCUUGUUCUUUGCAGGCUGCCUCUCCCAUGGUUGAUUCGCAGUGCAAUAGAUCUUGGUGCCGCUGUGACUGUCAGUAGCUCUGGGCUCUUUUGUUCUGUCUUCUUGCUUUUCAUAAUGUUAAUUGCAGUAGUUAUCACGAUUGCUGUUAACAAAUGGAAGAUGUCCAGGCUACUUGGUGGAAUUAUGUUCCUGUUCUAUGUUAUUUUUCUUGUCAUCUCAUUGUUGUUGCAAGAGGAUAUCAUCAAGUGUCCAGAGCUGUAGAGUUCAGGUACGAUGCAGUGAAUUUAUCUGAGUUGUGUGUUAGUUGUAUCUCUUGUAGCCUGAACAAAUCAAUCCAAACCAUAUUUUGUUACCAAACUCAUGGCAACUUAGAUAUAUACGGAGAAUAAUUACUACUUAAAGUUGUAUAUGAGUUAAACAGAGGAGUGCAUCUACCCCUCCCCUAAACCAACAUUUUCCCCUAAGUGAGAUGUUGCUCUUGACAUUGGUUUAGGGUAGGGGUAGGUGGGUUAUUCUCAGAAUCCUAUACUAAUCUGCCAGUUUCAUCUAAGAUGAACACUGUUGGGUCAGGCACUUAGUGUCUGCAGUGCUGGAUGCGAACCUUGAGAUAAGGGAGGGGGGCGGUCAUUCAGACCCUUAGAAAAGUGGGGGGGGGACAGUCUCCAAAAAAAUUUUUUCAUUUAGUCUAAAAAUAAGGGGGGCCCCUCCCCUGGUCCACCACUGGUUCCGCCACUGGUCUGUCAAGGAAAGUAUCAUCUGCCUGUUAUAGAGUCAAAGAAAAUGACUGUAAAAUGCAGUGACCAUCUCUAGGUGACCAUUUGAGGGAGGUGUCUGUCUUAUAGAGUGGUCCAUUACGAGAGAGUUGACCGUAAAAGAAAGUAGGUGCAAAGAGAUAUAUUCUGCAGUCUGUGAGAUGGUAUCUCAGGUUUGCACGAUAGAACUACAAGUAAUCACUAUUGGGUUGGCACAGCUACCACAGUGUUCCACAAAAUCUUACUCCAGAAUGAAGGUAUCAGAGUUUAGGAAUGUUCUUGAGAAAUAUUUUCUAAACAUAAAGAUGAUAAGUAAAAAUUUAUGGUUAGUUACCAUGACAAUGCAUAUGUCUUCCUUGUGGUUAACACUGGAUUACUGUUCAAUAGGUAGAACUCCCAUUGACAAUUUAUAGACAUCUUUAUACCAUGAUCUGACAGUAACUGCCCUGCUCUUUUAAUGAAUUCAAUUUCUUUCUGAUUGUUAGUUUUACUUUUUUUUUGCAGAUUAUAAUUUUACAUGUAUAGAAGAAAAUUCACAAAAAAAUUAUUCAACAUACUUUACCUUAAGUAGCUGUCAUGGUAACCUUCAAUCAGGCGUUCUUUGGGGG